AUGGCCUCGACUGGUGCCCAAGAAAACACACAAGUGCCUGCAAGUCCACAGCGGAGAGGAGGCAGAGGCCGCGGGAGAGGUAGAGGUGGACAUGGUGGACAUGGUGGACCAGAAGACGGUCACGACAGCUUUGGAGGGAGAGGACGUGGACGAGGCGGCUACCAGAGUCGUGGGCGAGGUCGCGGCAACAGAGACGGCGCGGGCGGUCGUGGUGGACAUGCGCCAGAGAAGGGCAAGGCGCCAGCGAUAGAGACAGAAGAGAACGGCCAGGCUCCACCCACUCUCGUGAAACCGAACCUUCAGCAAUCGGACGAGGAUGACGAUGCCGAAGUCUGCUUCAUUUGCGCCUCGCCCGUUCAGCACACAGCCGUCGCUCCCUGCAACCACCGCACAUGUCAUAUUUGCUCCAUCCGGAUGCGGGCUCUAUACAAGACGAAAGCUUGCGCGCACUGCCGAACAGAGUCAGACCACGUUAUCCUUACAGAUGACGCAGAGAAGAGUUACGAGGAUUUCUCCACCACUGAGUUUUUCAAAUCCGAUGACACUCUAGGUAUACACUUUGAGAAUUCUGGCGUUUUCGAAGACGCACGAUUGUUGCUGCAGUACAAUUGUCCCGACAGCGAGUGCGACGUUGCCUGUCUGGGCUGGCCAGACCUGCAUCGCCAUGUCAAGACGGCGCACGAGAAAGUGAUGUGUGACCUAUGCACGCGAAACAAGAAGGUCUUCACCCACGAGCACGAACUGUUCACACAGGCCGAUUUACGAAAACACCAAAAGUUCGGCGACGAUAACCCCGGAGCAAUAGAUCAGAGUGGCUUCAAGGGACACCCAGAAUGUGGGUUCUGCAGACAACGUUUUUACGGUGACGAUGAGCUCUACACUCAUUGCAGAGACAAGCACGAGCGCUGCCACAUUUGCGAUCGUCGAGAAGGGGGAAGCAGAAAACAACAAUACUUUGUCAACUACGAUUCCCUCGAGGUGCACUUCCGGAAAGACCACUUCCUUUGCCCGGACCGUGAGUGUUUAGAGAAGAAGUUCGUUGUCUUUGAUUCCGAGAUGGAUCUCAAGGCGCAUCAGCUGGAAGUGCAUCCCAAUGGUCUUUCCAAGGACGCAUUACGAGAUGCUCGGAGAGUUGAUAUGUCUGGUUUCCAAAUAAGAGCGCCCCAUGAGCAAGGUCAUGGCAACAACAGGCGAGACGACCGCAGACGCGAGGGCGGCAGAGGCCGUGGACGUGGACGGGAUCCAAACGCAGAACCGGUGCCUGCAUCAUCUGCGCAACCUCUGAGCAGAGCAGAGCUUGCUUACCAGCGGCAGCUAGAAGCUCAAAACACUCAUUCGGUCACUGGAAGAACUUUCGGCGGCCAGCUCUCUGCACCAACUCCGGGCGAGGCUUUCGCUGCAAGGCCUCCCCCAAGCGCCUCAGAACCUCCCACCGUAACUGCCUCGCGUCCAGCCCCAACGAUUGCGAGCAACAUCACAAGCGGUGUAGCUCAACUGAGCAUGAACAUACAACCAGCGAACCCGGUUCCCCAAACACCUCAGGAGCAGGCUCGACUGCUACGCCACAACGCAGUCACAGAACGAGCUACAAACAUGCUUCGGAAUAGUGAGAUCAAGUUACAAGAGUUCAGAGCCGCAGUAUCAGCGUAUCGCAAUUCCAAGGUGUCGGCGGCACAGCUCAUCGAGGGGUUCUUUGCACUAUUCGACGCCAACUCGAAGGAGAUGGGAAAGCUGAUCAAGGAACUGGCAGAUAUCUUCGAGAUGCCGGGAAAGCGGGAAGGGCUCUUGAAAGCAUGGAAUGAUUGGAAGGCCAUCAACGAGGACUACCCUUCAUUACCUGGCUCUGCGAUAGAACAGGCGUUGAACGGUGGAUCAACUGUGCGGGGAGGCUCUCGCGUACUGAAGCUAAAGAGCUCAACGGCAAAAUCAUCACGAUCUACAGCCAACCAGCAAGCCAGCUGGUCGAACGCAUCGUCGAGCAAUCCUUUCCCUGCUCUGCCAGCGCCGUCGGGCCGCGUCGGUGCAAAACCCGGACAGACGCCAUGGGCUUCUUCGUCUGCUGCAACGAGUGCGCGUCCUUCGCCCAUGCCAUCACGCGUCGCGUCAUCAACAAACGUAAACAAGAAGCCCGCGGCAUCAGACGCCUUCCCAGCACUCCCAGCAGCUGCGAAGCCCACCAGCACACUCUUCAGCCCAGGAUACACUGGCCACGCUCUACGACGCGACAACAGUGGACGUAAUACGCCAGUGAGCAACCCUUGGGCCGGCCCAUCGGGCGCAAACAGCGGAACUUCAACGCCAACUCUGGAGGAUGCCGGUGCGGCAGGAAAGAAGAAGGGCAACAAGGGGAAAAAGCAAACACUCUUCCAAUGGGGUUAG